AUGAACAGCGAACCCUCUCAACCCAUUUUGAAAGCUUCCGAUAUCUCUGAUGAGAUGAGAGACGAGAUCUUCCAGAUCAGCGUCGAAGCAGUCAAGACGCAAGAUCUCGAGCGUGACAUCGCAAGCACCAUCAAGAAACAAUUGGACUCUAAGAUGGGCACCACAUGGCAUGUCAUCGUGGGCAAGAACUUCGGGAGCUACGUGACCCAUGAGAAAGGCCAUUUCGUUUACUUUUACAUCGAUUCUUUGGCGUUCUUGGUGUUCAAGACAGCUUAG